AUGGAGCGUGCAAGGAGACUCGCGAACAGGGCAAUCCUGAAACGCCUCGUCGAUAGCUCGAAACGACACCGUACCGCGCGUGAGGCUUCCCUCUCCGGCGGUGCUUCAUCUCCGGCUCUGUACUCGCCGGCGAGGUAUGUGUCUUCGUUGUCGCCUUUUGCUUCUUCCGCAAGCAACAUUAGGUCGGAAAUGGCGUCUUCUAACAAUCGGAAGGCCUCGUCCCAUUUCGGAUCCCAAAUUCGUCGUAUUUCCGUCGAGGCAUUGAAACCCACCGACACUUUCCCCCGCCGACAUAACUCGGCGACGCCGGAGGAACAAACGGUUAUGGCGAACUCAUGCGGGUUUGAUUCUCUUGAUUCUCUCAUUGAUGCAACUGUGCCCAAAGCCAUACGCAUCGAUUCGAUGAAAUUCUCGAAAUUCGAUGAAGGGUUAACCGAAAGCCAAAUGAUUGAUCAUAUGAAGGAUUUGGCUUCCAAAAACAAAGUUUUCAAAUCAUAUAUUGGCAUGGGUUACUAUAACACCCAUAUACCACCUGUGAUUCUGAGGAAUAUCACAGAGAAUCCGGCAUGGUAUACACAGUACACUCCAUACCAGGCCGAGAUUUCCCAGGGCCGGCUCGAAUCUCUGCUCAAUUACCAGACGAUGAUAGCCGAGCUCACGGGUCUGCCCAUGUCAAACGCCUCCUUGCUGGACGAGGGAACUGCAGCGGCUGAGGCCAUGGCUAUGUGUAACAACAUCCAAAAGGGUAAAAAGAAAACCUUUGUGAUUGCUAGCAACUGCCAUCCCCAAACCAUCGAUAUUUGCAAGACGAGAGCUGAUGGGUUCGACAUAAAAGUGGUGACCUCUGAUCUUAAGGACAUAGACUACAGUUCUGGUGAUGUCUGUGGAGUACUUGUUCAGUACCCUGGAACCGAGGGCGAAAUCUUGGACUAUGGAGAGUUCGUCAAGAAGGCUCAUGCUAAUGGAGUCAAGGUUGUGAUGGCUACCGAUCUGUUGGCUUUGACGAUUUUGAAGCCACCAGGUGAAUUUGGGGCGGAUAUUGUGGUCGGUUCAGCUCAGAGGUUUGGUGUGCCAAUGGGGUAUGGAGGCCCUCAUGCUGCGUUCUUGGCAACGUCUCAGGAGUACAAAAGGAUGAUGCCCGGUAGAAUCAUCGGGGUUAGUGUUGACUCCUCGGGUAAGCCGGCUCUUCGUAUGGCGAUGCAGACUAGAGAGCAACAUAUUCGCAGGGACAAGGCUACGAGCAACAUCUGCACUGCCCAGGCUCUGUUGGCAAACAUGGCUGCCAUGUAUGCUGUUUACCAUGGGCCUCAGGGACUGAAAUCCAUUGCAGAGCGAGUUCAUGGCCUUGCGGGAGUUUUAGCUCUGGGGCUUAAGAAACUCGGAACAGUGGAAGUUCAAGACCUUCCCUUCUUCGAUACUGUGAAGGUUAAGUGUGCUGAUGCUAAUGCCAUAGCUUUUGCUGCUUACAAGAACGAGAUUAAUUUGCGAGUCGUGGAUUCAAAUACGAUCACCAUCUCCUUUGAUGAAACCACCACCUUGAAGGAUGUUGAGAAGCUUUUCAAUGUUUUCGCUGGUGGCAAAUCUGUCCCGUUUUCUGCAGAAUCUCUUGCCAGUGAGGUUCAGACUGCGAUCCCCUCUGGCCUAACAAGGGAGAGCCCUUAUCUCACUCACCCGAUCUUUAACAUGUACCACACUGAGCAUGAGAUGUUGAGGUACCUCUACAAGUUGCAAUCCAAAGAUCUCUCACUUUGCCACAGUAUGAUUCCAUUGGGAUCAUGCACGAUGAAGCUAAACGCUACAACUGAAAUGAUGCCGAUUACUUGGCCUAACUUCACCGACCUUCACCCUUUUGCCCCUCCUGAACAGGCUCAGGGUUAUCAGGAAAUGUUCAAUAACUUGGGUGAUCUCUUAUGUACCAUCACUGGUUUCGACUCUUUCUCGCUCCAACCAAACGCCGGUGCUGCUGGUGAGUAUGCAGGCCUGAUGGUUAUUCGUGCAUAUCACAGGUCAAGAGGAGAUUACCACCGUGAUGUAUGCAUCAUACCAGUUUCGGCUCAUGGGACAAACCCAGCAAGUGCUGCCAUGUGUGGAAUGAAAAUCGUCGCUGUUGGAACGGAUUCUAAAGGAAACAUCAACAUAGAAGAGUUGAGGAAAGCUGCAGAAGCUAACCGAGACAACCUUGCCGCCCUCAUGGUUACAUACCCUUCAACUCAUGGAGUUUACGAAGAAGGUAUUGACGAGAUCUGCAAGAUAAUUCAUGAAAAUGGAGGUCAAGUCUAUAUGGAUGGUGCCAACAUGAAUGCACAGGUGGGUUUGACAAGCCCCGGUUUCAUUGGAGCCGACGUUUGCCAUCUCAACCUCCACAAGACAUUCUGCAUUCCUCACGGAGGCGGUGGUCCUGGCAUGGGUCCCAUCGGCGUCAAGAAACACUUGGCACCUUUCCUACCUUCACACCCUGUGGUCCCUACCGGCGGAAUCCCGGCCCCUGAGAAGUCUGAACCGCUCGGUAGCAUUGCAGCAGCGCCAUGGGGCUCUGCACUUAUCUUGCCCAUAUCAUACACUUAUAUUGCCAUGAUGGGCUCCAAGGGACUCACUGAUGCUUCAAAGAUUGCAAUUUUAAAUGCAAAUUAUAUGGUGAAACGCCUAGAGAAACACUUCCCUGUUCUUUUCCGUGGUGUCAAUGGGACAGUUGCUCAUGAGUUCAUCAUCGAUUUGAGGGGAUUCAAGAACACUGCUGGAAUUGAGCCUGAAGAUGUUGCCAAACGUCUUAUGGACUACGGGUUCCAUGCCCCUACAAUGUCGUGGCCUGUCCCGGGAACACUCAUGAUCGAACCCACAGAAAGCGAAAGCAAGGCCGAGUUGGACAGGUUCUGCGAUACCCUUAUCUCUAUCAGAGAAGAGAUUGCUCAGAUCGAGAAAGGAAAUGCCGACAUCCACAACAAUGUUCUGAAGGGAGCACCUCACCCUCCUUCUCUUCUCAUGGGAGACUCGUGGAGCAAACCAUACUCUCGUGAAUACGCUGCCUUCCCUGCUCCAUGGCUUCGAGCUUCUAAGUUCUGGCCCACUACUGGUCGCGUGGACAAUGUGUACGGAGACCGGAACCUGAUCUGCACUCUCCAGCCGGCGGCUCAGAACGGCGAAGAACAGGCAGCGGCCACGGCUUAAUGUUUGGGUUUAACGGGGGAAAUAUGUCUGUUGCUAAAACUCAGAAGAAGAACCGAACCUUCUUUCUCCCUCUAAGGCUCUUCUUCUUUGUACAUAAUUCGUCUUUUCUUAGUUCCAUGUAUACUGUGCUCCUUUGGCCGGUUUAGCGUUGGUUAACUUAUCUUCGUGUGCUUAGCCGGUUAUCGCCGGUACAAGAUAA